AUUACCUACUUUCAUUCCGCUAUCAAAAUCGUAGCUCAUGAAAUACUAUAUGGAAGAUCUCCACCUUUACACUUGCCAUAUAAGGAGAGUAAAAAAACUGUAAUUAGCAGAAGCUUGAGCCAAAGGGAAGAAAUGAUAAAAGAGUUGGUAUUUCAAUGGCAAAGGGCUCAGAAGAGAAUGAAGCAGCAAGCUAACAAAAAUAGAUCGAAAGGAGUAUAUCAAAGAGUAGACUGGCACCUAAGUACUACAAUCAGCAAGGUGGCUUACAAGCUUUCACUACCAACAAAUUCUCACCUUUUUUCCAUCGAGGGUUGUUGAAAUACUUGCAAUUUUCCGUGAUUCUAGUGUACCUCAAGAACCAAAUGAAAUUUUGCAAAGAAAGUUGGUGAAAAAAGGAGAAGCAGAGAAUGAUUUCCUGUAGAAGAGGCCACUUGGAUGUUUGCACAUGAAUUCACCCAACAUUUUCUUCAGUUACAUCUUUGAGGACAAAGAUGCUAAGGGAGGGAGUAAUGAUGACUCAUUUGGUAAUGUCAGCAGAGUUAGUUAGCUAAUGUGCCACUUGAAAGAUUCUGUUAACAUUUAAGGUUUAUCAGUUGCAACCAAACCUACAUGUAAGCGGUAAUGAACGGGUAUAUGAAUAUUCAAUAAUAUCUGC